UUUUCCGCGUAAAUUUAAAAGUCGAACGAACGACAAAAGCUUCAAAGCAUAUUUGAUGUUUAAAAAUUUGUAUUCGUUUUCUCAAUUGUUUUAUAGACGCUGUCUUUAAAAACUAGUUUGUUUUACGAGCGAUCAUAAGUGGUUGUGUUUGUGAUGGAUUCGAUGUACCAAUAAACUUUUGUUCCAAGCCCUUUCGCCCAAAUCACCGAACCUUUACCCUUUUUCACGACAAAUUGGACCAAAACCGUGACUUAUUUUUCACCCUAUUCAUAUCCUCUACCAUAUUGAAGUACUUGGAGUGGACCAAAGUUUAAAACUGUAUAUAUUUUAGAAAAGUGUAUAAAGUAGUAUAGUGUAACUGUAGUGACUUAUUUAGGUCAAACCAUUAACCAAGUUAUACAAACGAUAAUCGAUAUCCGACAACAUAUCAGAUUUUAAAAUGUCAGUGCCAACAACUGAUAGUACAGAAGCAAUUACAAAUUCCGGUUACGGAAGCAGCGAUGAGACAGCUAGUUUACUUGUAUCAGGGCCAGCCGUAACCGUUAUUAUUCCAAAUGAGAACAGGAGUGUGAAACCAGUCCUUCAACGCCAGGACUGUACUACACAUUUACGUCCUCAACUCUCCGGCGGACCAGGCAGCGAAGAAAGCGCUGCUUCGGUUAGAGUAGAAGAUGGGACAGCUAGAAGUGUUCCCGAUAUAGAAUUACAAUGUAGAGACCAAUGCGAACGUCCUCAAACUUUGGUAUCGCCCGUUGCGAUGUGUUCACACCGUGGGUCCGUUACAUGUCAGCUAGUUCCACACACUUGCAAUAGAUGUCGUGCUUGUGAACGGCGUCAGUCAACAGCACCAAUGUCAGCGUUACAUCUAGCGCGAUCUGUAUCACGAGAAAGUGUUCGAUCGGCCCUACACUACCCGUGUGGAUGUAGUUCUCUGCAUGCCGUAAGCACGUGUCCCGUAAUUCAACCUCCAGCGCUAUUACUACCAACCACAAGCAACAGAAUCAUUCGACAAAGUUCUCAGCCCGAAUCUAGCGCAUGCGCGGCGCACUGUGCUCACCAUAGUCACCACCCUAGCGCCUCUCUGCGGCAGCUACGGGAACCAGGAGAUGGAAUUGCGGGAAUCGCGGCAGACUCGCUCAGAAUCAACGGCGGAAUGCGGCCUUUUAAACAGCAGGGGCUGCUCCUCUGCCCACAAACCCUGUCGCAGACCCGUCGUGCUCGGCUUAGACGUGCAUUUACUGAGGCCACGGGAGAUACAGUUAACUACGUCCGAACGGUGGGCCCCUUUUUGAAACGACUGUACAAUAUUAGAUGUACUUUUCUAUUGGUUGUGGAUACUAUUAGAAAAAUACAUGUCAGACUUUUGUAUUUAAUCGAGAAGUGA